AUGGCAUCUCAAUAUACCGAGAACAAUAACAAUCAAGAGGCAAACAACACAUCAUUUAGAAGAUCACUCGGCAGCUCCACAUUAUUCGGCAGAAGAUCAUCUAGAUCAGCAACAUCAGCAACGACAGCAAUCAAUACUCCGUCCAGUACAAGGCCAACAAGCGACUCAUCCAUCAUAACGCCAGAGAACCCGACAAUGCACAUCCGUAUUGUGCCCAGCAUUGAGAAUCCAAGUCGAAGUCUUGUGUUCAGCAUCAUUGAGCGUGAUUUGGAAGCUGGUCGCAUUAUCAAGAUUGGAAGAUUUACAGACCGAUCCUCCAUCCAGAACCACAUUUCAUUCAAGAGCAAGGUGGUGUCUCGAUCUCACUGCGAGAUAUGGCUGAAUAACGAAGGAAAGGUUCAACUAAAAGAUACAAAGUCUUCAUCGGGUACCUUUGUAAAUCAUGUCCGUCUUAGCCCUGCAAAUACAGAAAGUAGACCAGUGGAAAUUCGGGAUGGUGAUUUGGUGCAAUUAGGCGUGGAUUACCAAGGGGGAUACGAGGAAAUCUAUCGAUCUGUAAAGAUGAGAUUCGAAGUGAAUCGUCCUAACCAACCAAGACCAGUAUCUUAUAGCAUGUCAGCUUUCAACAACCUUCGCAAUUUGACUAGUUUACCCUCUCAUACAGAUCAACAACAGCAACAACCACAGCAACAACCACAGCAACAACAACAGCAACAACAACAGCAACAACAACAGCAACAACAACAGCAACAGCUGACAACAUCGCCUUUGUCAUCUUCUUUGUGUCACGAACAAAACGUAGAAGUAGAAGAAUGCUGUAUUUGUCUGUACGCUUUGGCACCAUUUCAGGCUCUGUUCGUUGCUCCUUGCUCCCAUUCAUAUCACUUCAAAUGCAUUAGGCCUCUUUUUGACAGUUACCCGGGUUUUCAAUGUCCUAUUUGCCGUACCUACUCUGAUCUGGACGCUAGUGUAGCCAUUGAAGCUGAAGAAGUGAUUGAAAAGUUUGGACUUCGAAAAUCAUCUACAUCUGCCGAAGCCACUUCCCCAGUCGUUGUUACUGCUGCUUCUAGUAGUGGUGCUGAAGUCGUAUCCACAUCAGAUGAAGACGAACAAGACAACGAUGUGGUGGAUGAUGAAAGGCUUGUUUCCUCCUCAUCAUCUGUGCAACCCACAAAUGUUAUUUCAUGUGCAAUGAUUUCUCCAGCUCCUGAACCGCCUCUUUCGACCACCUUGGUUGCUUGUACGACAAGUUUAUCAGGCAUCAUCUCUUCUCCAACCUCAUCGUCAAAUGUACCUAUUUUAGAAAACCAAGCAUCACGAGGUUUUAAUGCAAGAGAUCAUCGGGCUACCAUCAUUUUCGAGGAUGAUAAUAAUGUGAUACAACAACAGCAACAACAACAACAUCAACCAGCUCAUCAAAGAUCCACCUCAGGCACAGCAACCGCAGCUGGUAAUAUAAAUCGACAAUCCAAUAACCUAGUAGAAAAGAUCAAAAUGGCAUUUUCAAAUGAUAGGCGACACAAGAGCAAGCAACGUACUCACAGUAGUGGAAGUGCUAGUAGCGAUGAUGAUAUCAUGGAGAGAUCAGAAACGUUUUAUGACAUGCCAUGCCCCACAUCUUCAUCUUCGUCACCGCCAUCUAGUCCUAGAUCAACUGCAUUACAGCCUAUUUUAUCUCGUCAAUCAACGCAUUACAAUCCAUUGAAUGGAAUACUGGAAGAAGCAUCUCAAAGUGCCAUUGAAGGAGGAUCAUCAAGUUGA